CACCAUCAUCCAUCAAACACCCCAGUGCCGGCUUCUUACAACUCAUCCACCUUCCCAACCCACCACCACUUAUCAAAAUGCGCUUCUCACUCAUUUCUGCAAUUGCCACCCUUGGCAGCGUCGUCAUGGCCCAGCCUGUGGUUCGCUCUGUAACUUCACCGCAGGUUUGCGACAGCCUGAAAGUCCUUAAGGAGAAGGCGCAGAAACUUCAAGUAUCUUGCCAGGGCACCGAGUGGGGUGCUCACUCCAUCAUUACCAGCCAUGAAGCCUUCUCUAUCCUCUCUGGCAACAAUGAGUUGCUCUUGGCGGGCGGUCAAACCCUUUCAGACCUGGAGGGUACGAAUCCGUUCACGGCCGAGGAGUGCACUACCAUCACCGACUCCUUCAAGGAGUUUUCAGCGGCCCAGAAGGUCUACCUUGACCUUCUCGCCGCCAAGUCGGUCGUUCUCACCAAGGCCCCAGUUUCGACCGUUGGCCCAUCGGUCGCGGUUUCGCUCACGAACCUCAAGGACGUUUUCACGAAACUUGACACCAAGCUCGUCAGCCUCUGCGCGUCUAAGGCGGAGGAGCUUACUUCUGAGGCCAAGACCUUUGAGGCUACUCUCGAUUCUGCUAUCAGCAAGUUUGGGCCUGUGGGCAAGAUCAUCCCUCCCAACUGAGACGAUCAUCAAGCUUCCAAUGGGGAUGCGACAUCGCAACGAUGCUUCGCUUCCUGGAUGGACAUGACCAUCUCGUCAGAAUGGUAGGAACAGGCAAGAAGAAUAUGAGCUGAAGAUCUAUGACAUGCGUUUAUGGGUUUAGAAACGAAGUUUCCAGGCGGUAAACAGGCCAGGGCCCAUAUUUGCGUUCUCUCUAGAUAAUUCAGUCAUGUCUUUCUAUGCUAUCAAUAAGGUACAAUAGCUGUAUCGAACAAUCUCAGUUCGCGAUGA